AUGGUCGCAGCAGCUGAGUAUCCGCAAGCAAUGGUCGCAGCAGCUGAGUAUCCGCAAGCAAUGGUCGCCCGCAGAGACUGUUCGGCAGAGACUGUUCGGCAGAGACUGUUCGGCAGAGACUGUUCGGCAGAGACUGUUCGGCAGAGACUGUUCGGCAGAGACUGUUCGGCAGAGACUGCUCGGCAGAGACUGCUCGGCAGAGACUGCUCGGCAGAGACUGCUCGGCAGAGACUGCUCGGCAGAGACUGCUCGGCAGAGACUGCUCGGCAGAGACUGCUCGGCAGAGACUGCUCGGCAGAGACUGCUCGGCAGAGACUGCUCGGAUGA